AUGGCGGCGGCGGCGGCGGCGGCCGCGAAGCCCGCCGAGCUGCUGGGCGUGUGCUCGAGCUACCAGGCGGUGAUGCCGCCCUUCGUGUGCCUGGCCGAGGAGCUCCCCGCGCCCGCCCGGCCCGCCCGGCUGCCCCCGGGCAAGGCGCGCCGGCCCCGCCAGUCCCGCUUCAAGACGCAGCCGGUGACCUUCGACGAGAUCCAGGAGGUGGUGGAGGAGGAGGGCGUCUCGCCCGUGGAGGAGGAGAAGGCCAAGCGGUCCUUCCUGCAGUCCCUCGAGUGCCUCCGCAGGAGCGCCCACAACCUCAGCCUGCAGCGGGACCAGCUCCGCAGCAGCUGCGGCCGCCUGAGGAACAGCCUGGACUCCAGCGACUCCGACUCGGCCCUCUGA